GUAAAUUACUGUUUGCUUUCCAAAUUUAGCACGAAUUAUUUUUUUUAUAAAUUUGAACAUUGGGUGCAAAAUCAUUUUGUAAUCAUAAAAAUUUGAACGUGACAGGAUUUAAAGAGCAUUGCCAAGAACAAUAAGAUAAUGCUACCACGCUUUUACUCUGUUUCACCGACUCGUAAUAAUAGCAGAGACAGUUCAAUAUCAAAAUUAUCCCAAACUCCACUGAAAUCAAGUAUUCCUGUGCCAACUCCAGUUGAUCGGAAAGAUGCAAGAAUAAGAAGUGCGUCGGCUAGCAAUAAACAACCCACUGUUUCAAAAAUUCCCCCGGCAUUUGAGCGACAUAAGACAAGUUUGUCAUUGUAUCCUCAAAAUGAAACAACUUCCCUUAGAAAGCCUGCUGUUUGCUCAAAGACUGUGCCAAGUACGCGAAAUCCUUACGCAAAUGUUAAAUCCAAGAUUGAUAACACACGACCUCAUUCAACAAGUAUAAGAAAUCAAUUUAGUUCUAAAUUACCAAUUAAAAACUCAAAUGAGACUGAUUCCAACAGCAACAAGAACUCAGAUUUUGAAUCUAUUUCUGCUGAGCCAUAUUGUGAAGUAAAAUCACAAAACGCUGAUUUUAAGACUGAAAGCGAAACAAAAUCAACAAAAACUGCUUUUAAGUCGGAUAAUAAUUCACAUAGAUUGAGAUCUACUAUCCCGCCUUACAGUGAAGCCAAACCCCAGAGGGGCUUACCUAGGUCGGUUGAUGCCAAAUACCCAAGAACUCCUUGUAAGACAGAUAAUGAAACACAAUCUCCAAGAUUUGGUAGUCCGCAAAGAACAGUUAAUGAAUCUUUUGAUGCUGAAUCCCCGAGAACUCCUUGUAAGCCUGAUAAUGAAACUGAAUCACCAAGAUCGGGGGAUAGGUCUCCAAGGAGAGUUGUUGAAUCUUUUGUUGGAGAAUCCCCAAGAACUCCACAAUCUAAAUCAAAAUCACCGCCAAGAGCUACAGCUAGGUCUCCAAGAUCAGUUUUUGAAGCAAAAACACUAAGAUUAACCAAGGAAUCAAACUCACCGAGGCCAUCUUUAAAUUCAGAAAAAGAAUCACUCUCACCAAGAUCAGCUGUUGAGUCUAAUCAAAGAACUGAUGAAAUCACUGAAAAACAGCAACAGUUGUUAACCAUAUACCAGGAGUUGAAGAAGCUUAAACCACUUCAAGGAAUGCAUCAUCUAGAAGGCGAAAUUUGCAGUUUGAUGGAGAAGAAAACACUUGACCACCUUGAAGGAUUGUCAAAACCGGAGAAUUUUGCGCAAGGCUGUACACCGGAAUUUGUGUCAACCUUUGAGAAACAAAUGCAACAUGUGACAAAGUCAUGGCUCCAGCUGAUCAACGAUAUAGUCAUUUCAAAAAAUACAGUUGGCAAAACUGCUCUGCCUCACAUGUCCAUGUCUGGUUCAUCCUGGGGUCUACAAGAUGAGAUUGCUUGGUUUCUGACCAACAUAACUGUGGAAGGAGAGUCUUUGGACGAAAAGUUGCACAAAGUGGAAGAAGAACAGUUGAGGGUGAUGACGGUGGUUAUGUACAACAUAAUAGCCUUGGCCAAACAGUACGGUGACUUGAAAGACGAGAACACUCGUCUGCGGAAGACACAGGACCAGAUAAACUUACAGCAGAACGAACAGUUGGCCAUCCUGGGACAGGAGAACAAGGACCUCAGUAGGAGGUACACCACAGCCGUUGAGAUGUGUAAUGUGGAGAAGUCAAAAGCGGAGCAGAUGGAGAGAAGUCUGGAUGCAAUACACAGAGAAAUGCUUGAAAUAAGGAAAAUUUUGAAAUGCAAUGAAAGAAAAUGCAAUGAAAUUGAUUUGAAAACAAAGAAAGCAGAUGGAGGAAAGCGAGCUUUAGAAAACACUCUUAGGAUCUUAGAGUUGAGUAUGGAAAAGAAGGGAAAACAACAUCGAGAACUCUCUGAAAAAUACAACAAUUCUGAGGAAACGAUUAACAAGCUGAAAUAUGAACUUGAGCAGAGAAGAUGUGCGAAUUUGUCUUUGGAAGAAACAAAUAAAGAUCUUCAAGUGGAACUGCAGAACAUGAAAACUUCAUUGGAAGAGAAUGAACAGAAGAGACAAGACCUAGUAGAGGAAAUUGCCAAUAAGUCUAAGAAACUAAAUGAAUUGAAGGAACAGUUGGAGUCAGCUGGAUAUUCUUGUAUGGAUGGCACACAAAAAGAGGCUAUGAACCAGGAUUAUGCGUCUAACCUAAUAGUAAAAGAUUUAACCAGAAACAUGCAAGACAAAAACAACCAAGUUAAUGAACUGAAGAAGAAGCAACAUGAACUGGAAAACCAACUGAAGGAAAUGGCAACCACAGAAAGAAUGCUUACAAAGCAAAUUCAUGAAUUAAAGAAAAAUCGAACUGAACAUGAUGUCAGUCUGGAAAGUCAGGUUCGAGUGCUGCAGUACAGAGUGAUAGAUUUGGAACGUGAAAAAUCUGAACUGGAGAGAAUGGUGACUCAACAAACUCUGGAGUUGGACCAGCGAGAUCUGAUGCUGAGAGAACACGCAGAAUUGCUACGGGCGAGGGAUCAGCUGAUACCUAUGAUGAGGGAGAAGAAGAACAGCGACAAACAGUGCUCAGAGAAGCUGAUGGCUAUAGUGUACGAGAAAUACAAGUCCCACUUUACGGAAGGUUACAGUGAUGGCAUGUUGGGUGAUCAAAGCCCUUACAAGUCGCUCGAAGCUCUAGAACAAUUUUACGGCCUUGACCCGAAAAUGGUUGAAAAAGAAAUGUCAUUUAGGCAGGAGAAAAUGACAGAAAUGAUUAAUCUGUUGGAGCGCAAACAGAUGGAGAUCAAUAAACUGGAGCGGAGGAUACGAGCUAUUGAGGGAGAUCAUCCUUCACUGAAUAUGAAGGAGCAGGCACAGAGAAACAAUAAGUGGGGAUUUCUCUCCAUGUUUCCUGGCAUUCCAGAGUCUAAAAACAGAUGAAUUAUUUAACAAAUGGUUUACUGGGUUUUGUUUUCAUUAUUGAAUAGUAUUUAUAAUCUUUUGACCAUUUAAGUUGAAUAAAUUAUUUUGGUAAAA